AUGAAAUAUCUCUACAGUAUCCUCCUCCUUCUAUUCCCAUUAUUCCUAAAUGCACAGGACCCAUGUGCAAGUGCUCCGACGGAAACUGCAAAGAUUCUCUGUCGACAAAUUCAUAAAUGGGAUGAUGGCGCAAGGGAGGCAUCGAAAAAGAAGAAGAUAGCACUACCACCAGGACUCGCAAAGGGAAUGGCUGCAGAGUUCGCUCCGAUUGCAUCGAAUAUCUAUCAGUGCAUGGAUCUGCCGUGUCUGUGCUCUUAUCUCAGAGGAACUGCAACUGGAAAUGGAGGAUGUACACUUCCAAAUGGACAACCACUUCAGAAAUCUGUUAGAAAAGAGUAUAGAAUGCUAACGGAUGAUGAGAGGAACAGACUUCAUGCUGCUUUUAGAGCACUUAAAAAUAAUGGAGAAUACGAGAGAAUCGGUCGAAUCCAUUCCCAAAUGUCAGCCGCCGGAGGUGCUCACUCAGGUCCCGCUUUCCUUCCAUGGCAUCGUGAAUUCGUAAAACGUGUCGAGUUUGCUCUCCGUCAAGUCGACCCAACUGUCAAUCUUCCAUAUUGGGAUUCCACUCUGGAUAGUGGUCUUCCACGCCCAGCUGAUACGAUUAUGUUCAGUGAAUAUCUCGUCGGAGGUACUGGUCUCGUCAACAACGGACCCUUCACUAAUUGGAGAACACUCGCUGGAAGACCUCAAAUCCAGAGAGCAGUCGGAGCACAAGGAGCGCCUCUUUCUCAAGCAGAUAUUGAUUUUGUAAUGAGACAAACCCAGAUAGAUCAAGUGCUUUCAUUCACUGCUCCUCAACAAGGAUGUCCAUAUCGAACUGACUUCAAUUGUCUUGAAUACACUCAUGGAAAUGUUCAUAUCUUUGUCGGAGGAGAUAUGUUUGAUACUGCCACGUCAUCCAACGAUCCCUCCUUCUUCCUUCAUCACGCCUUCGUUGAUUUCGUUUGGGAAAUGUGGAGACUUGCGAGACAGUCGAGAGCUGAUAGAGAGAUUGCAUUCCCACCGGAUAAUCAGUUGUGUGCUUCUCCACAACAUUUCGGAGCUUCACCAAUGCAACCGUUCAGUCCGAUGAGAAACAUCGAUGGCCUAUCCAAUAAAUUCACUGAUAACCUCUACAGUUAUGCACCAAGACCAACUUGUCAGGCUGGCGGAGAUUGUGGAUCCAAAUUCCUCUUCUGCGACACAUCCACCGGAGUCGCCCGUUGUGUCUCCCGUAUCCGUCCUGGCUCCCAAUGCGGUAACUUCCGUGUGAACCCCUGCUUCUCCGGUGUCUGUCGUAACGGAGUAUGUGUGAUCUCUUCAACUGCUCCUCCACCAACUCCACCACCAACAACUCCUCCACCAGCCAAUCAAAAUCCAGUUCAAUCUCAAGAGUCUUGUUUCAAUGAAAAUCAGUGUUGUGCUUCGUGGGCGGCGUCGGGAGAAUGUUCUAGAAAUACGGCCUAUAUGAAUGAAUGGUGCAAGGCUAGUUGUGGAGUUUGUAAGCCGAAAUACCGAUUGGCUGAUGAUUGCACCGACCGUCACACCCAAUGUGCCAGCUGGUCUCGCUCAGGAGAAUGCACGAAAAACGCUCUCUGGAUGACUGAAAAUUGCAGAAAGUCUUGCAGUAAAUGCGGUCGCUCUCGUGCUCAAGAGUGUGGCAGUGGUGGUACAGUAACCACAACUACCGUAUCCCCAGCUCAACAAUGUGACAAUUCUGAUGGAUGUUUCAAUGAGAACGUGUGUUGUGCAGUGUGGGGAUUGAUGGGUGAAUGCAGAAAGAAUGCGAGAUAUAUGGCAUGUAAUUGUCGCGUUUCUUGUGGUCAUUGCUUCCCAGAGGACUAUAAUUAUGGAUCCUGCGUCGACUAUCACCGCUCCUGUGCCGGCUGGGCUCGUGUCGGAGAGUGUCAGAAGAAUCCUUGGAUGGCUGAGAACUGUCGAUCGAGUUGUAACAGUUGCUAUACUCAAUCAGAACUCCGUAGAAUGUGUGGAACACAAGCUGGCUCUGUUGCUCCAGUUGCUCAAGUCCGUCAGAACAAUCCGUCUCGUCAACCACCACGUGGAGGAUGGGGUCGUGAUGACUUUGGAGGUGGUGACAGUGGAUGGGGUGGAAAUGGAGGAGGUGGAUGGGGAGGAGGUGAUCCAUGGGGUGGAUCCAGAUGGGGUAAUGGAGGCGGAGGAUGGGGUGGAGGAGGAGGUGGAUGGGGAGGUGGAGGAUGGGGUAAAAGAUCCAUUCGUGCCGCCAACGCAUCCAUUUCCAUGCCAGCUUUCGAUCCUGAUCUUUUGUAA